AUGGAGUAUAUUGUCUAUGUUCAGCAUAAUUCUGAAGGAAUGGAAAUUAUGUACUCUGAGAAAGGCAUAAUUUUACAUCAGCUGAAAUAUAAACUUGAGCUUCUGAAUUAUAAAGUUUCUAUCACACCUGCUGAUAUAAAUCAGAAAUUGGAUUUUGAUUUUGAUUCUGAUGGUGAUAAUGUAGAUGCGACAAUGUUCAAGCAGUUGGUAGGGUCUCUGAGAUAUUUGUGUAAUACCAAACCUUAUAUUUGCUAUGCAGUUGGAAUAGUGAGUAGGUUUAUGAGUAAACCGAAGUGGUCUCAUUACCAAGUUGCUGUAAGAAUUCUGAGAGUUGACAGAAGAAGGACUUCUGGAUACUUGUUUAAGUUUAUAGGAAGUUCUAUUUCUUGGUGUUCCAAGAAGCAACCAGUGGUUGGUUUGUUAACCUGUGAAGCAGAAUAUAUUGCAGGUGUUGUGACUGCAUGCCUAGCUGUGUGGCUUUUAAAUUUAUUGCAGGAUCUGCAGAUCAAGUGUUUUAAUAGUGCUCAUGUGCACCACAUUCAUGUUAUUCCAACCAUUCCUAUUAGCGACAGUGCUUUGAAAUUUACUCAUGUUUUCUACAAUCUCUCUCCCACUGGUACUAAAUAA